AUGGCAGAGGAAGCAAGGCUACUCCUUUCCGAGGAACGUCCAUCUGAUGACGGCUCCCACUUUCAACAAUUCCCUGAGAAAGGGGCGCCCGCCUGGUCUCCGCAUCCAAUAACCACUCAGAGGCGCAAAACUGGCAGAUCUGUGCCUCUUUGCGCGCUCGCCCUGGCGAUGCUCAUCCUGCUUCCGUGCCUCGCCGGAGGUGCGUUCUACCUCGGGGCGAGAAACUCCUACAAGCCUCUACCGGAACCGAAGAACCUAGGAUCGUGUGGAGCAUCGCCAGCACAGGCGCGCGCAAAGGGAUGCGUCUUUGACUUCAUUCUUGGGGGCUGGAUACACCCCGCGUGCCUGGACCAGGAGAUGUACGACAGGUACCUUGAGGAGUGGAAGACGCUGAACAUCACGCUCUAUUCCGGGCCCAACGAGACUGAGCCGGUCGGGAUGGACUAUGGGCUGGAGGGAGACUGGGACUUAAUCUGGGGCGUGGGAAACUUCCACUACCUUCACUGCUCGUACGUCAUGGAGAAGAACUGGAAGGUGUUAAUGCACGAGAUCAAGGCAGUACCGGAAAACUGCGUUGAAGACGAGCAUAUGUGGCACUGCCUCAAUCUGAACGGAAAGCCUAGUGCAGAGGAUAUCACCUCUACGAAGAGGAAUCAGAUCUUCGAGCGCGCACCGAUUCUUGACUGUCUUGUUUUCCACUAA